AUGAACAAACCGAUCCAGCCCGAGCGCAGAGUGUCGGCGGUGGCUCCCGUGCAGGACUGCUCCGGCCAGCCGCCGCCGAAGAAGGAUGUGGAGCUGCUUCUGGUGAAGGAGCAGAAUGGGGUCCAAUACACCAGCAGCAGCCUCCUGCCGGCCGCCUCCAGCCUCCACUACACCGCCGAGGGGCAGCCGGAGAGGGAGACCUGGGGCAAGAAGAUCGAUUUCCUUCUCUCGGUCAUUGGAUUCGCUGUGGACCUGGCCAAUGUCUGGAGAUUUCCCUACCUCUGCUACAAAAAUGGAGGGGGUGCCUUUCUUAUCCCCUACAUCCUCUUCCUAAUCAUUGCUGGAAUGCCCUUGUUCUACAUGGAGUUAGCACUGGGACAGUACAACCGGGAAGGGGCUGCUACGGUGUGGAAAAUCUGUCCAGUUUUCAAAGGUGUAGGCUAUGCUGUGAUACUCAUAGCUCUUUACGUGGGUUUCUACUACAACGUUAUCAUAGCUUGGUCUCUGUAUUAUCUGUUUUCAUCAUUCACAUUUGAGCUUCCCUGGACAAACUGCGGCAACAGCUGGAAUAGCCUAAACUGUACAGAUCCCAAACUCUUCAACGCCUCGGUGCUUGGCAAUGGCACCAAGUACUCCAAGUACAAACUCACUCCUGCUGCUGAAUUUUAUGAACGAGGUGUACUGCAUCUGCAUGAAAGCAGUGGAAUCCAUGACCUUGGCUCACCCCGAUGGCAGCUCUCGCUGUGCCUCUUGGUGGUAGUAAUAAUUCUUUUCUUUAGUCUGUGGAAAGGAGUGAAGACUUCAGGAAAGGUUGUGUGGAUAACAGCCACUUUGCCUUACGUUGUAUUAUUUGUAUUGUUAAUCCAUGGAAUCACAUUGCCUGGUGCAUACAAUGGAAUAAAUGCUUACCUUCACAUAGAUUUCAAAAGGUUAAAAGAAGCUACGGUAUGGAUUGACGCAGCCACUCAGAUAUUUUACUCUUUAGGAGCUGGAUUUGGAGUUUUAAUUGCAUUUGCUAGUUAUAAUAAGUUUGACAACAACUGUUAUAGGGAUGCUUUGCUGACUAGUACAAUCAACUGUGUCACAAGCUUCAUAUCAGGAUUUGCAAUUUUCUCUAUACUGGGCUACAUGGCUCAUGAGCACAAAGUAAAAAUUGAAGAUGUAGCCACUGAAGGAGCUGGAUUAGUUUUCAUCCUUUAUCCAGAGGCCAUUUCAACCCUUUCAGGAUCAACAUUUUGGGCAGUGGUGUUCUUCAUAAUGCUUCUCACACUGGGCAUUGACAGUUCCAUGGGUGGAAUGGAAGCUGUCAUCACUGGGUUAGCAGAUGAUUUCCAAAUACUGAAGCGGCACAGAAAGCUUUUCACAUUUGGUGUCUCCUUUGGCACUUUCCUGGUGGCUCUUUUUUGUAUCACCAAUGGUGGAAUUUACGUCCUCACACUACUGGACACAUUUGCAGCUGGGACUUCAAUCCUGUUUGCUGUUUUAAUGGAGGCAAUUGGAGUUUCCUGGUUUUAUGGUGUGGACAGAUUCAGUGAAGACAUCCAACAAAUGAUGGGCUUCAAACCGGGCCUCUACUGGCGACUGUGUUGGAAAUUUGUUAGCCCUGCUUUUUUAUUGUUUGUGGUGAUAGUCAGUAUUAUAAACUUCAAACCUCUGACCUAUGAUGACUACACCUUCCCUCUCUGGGCAAAUCGCAUUGGCUGGGGAAUAGCAUUAUCUUCAAUGAUCCUGGUGCCUGCCUACAUUAUCUAUAAAUUUCUGAACGUGCGUGGGACCUUUAAAGAAAGACUAGCUUACUGCAUCACACCUGAGAACGAACACCAUCUUGUGGCACAAGGGAACGUGAGGCAGUUUAAGCUUCAACACUGGCUAUCAAUAUGA